CUAAGGUAGCUCUAAUCUCUUGUGCAUGCAAUCACCCAGUGGCUAAGGUAACGUGACGAAAGGCUUUUCAAUAUGGAGAAUGCAUCUAUUGAAAUGGCCUACUUUGAAGCUUGUGAAAGUGGCGAUAUAACCCAUGCCAAAAUGCUGCUGAAACUCAGAGUUUUCGAUCCGAAAAAAUUAGCUGACCGAGAGUUGGUAAAAACAUUUGAAAAGCCAGAAUUUAUCAACGAAAAGGACAAUCAAGGCGACACGGCUUUGCAAUUAGCUGUCUGGAAAUAUCGCGUGGAUCUAGUGACACUGUUGUUAGACGGUAAGGCUGACUUAAGCUUGGCAAAUAAUAAGGGAGAAACUCCGCUAUGUGUAGCAGUGAAGUUUGGAUUCCUGGAUGUUUUAAAGAAUUUAAUAGAUCAUGACCCGUUGGCCGUGAAAAAGGUAUCCAUAGAUAAAAAAGUUCUGCAUCGUGCUGUCAAGCUGAAUCGAGUCAAAAUUGUUGAAUUUUUAGUUAAAAAAGUGCAGUUAUCUCAAACAGUGGAAUUCUCAAAGAGCUUAUCAACCAAUGUGCUGAUGUCCCUUGGACAAAGCGACCUACUAAUGAAGAUUGUGGAUAUGCUACUGAAGGUGCCUGGAGUGAACAAGCAUGCCCUCAAUAGUGAGGGCAAAACACCAAUGGAUGUAGCAAGAGAAGUCACAGAUUACCACGAAUCUUUCAGGAUUAUAAAAAAGCUCACAGAUUAUAAAACCAAUCCCAAGCCAUUCAUGUACCGUGCGCCAGAGGUGAGCGAAGAAAAGCACAAGAGAGCCAGGGAAAUGGUUAACAAGUCCUUCGAUGAAAGACGCAAUUCAGAACUUGUGGUGGCGGCAUUGUUGGCCACCAUGAGUUUUACGUGUUCACGGUUCCAGGUGGUUUCCACGACGAUGUUGAUGAUGGGAAGUUUCUAGGGAGCCCUGUUCUCAUAAAAUUCGCUAUGUUUAAGCUCUUUAUUAUUUUCGACUGCAUAGCUUUCUUUCUAUGUCUCUUCGUUUGUAUAAUGUGGCAGAUGACUUCAGAAUUUACCACAGAGGACAAGAUGUUGUUCAUGACCAUCAGCAGUCUAUUGACCUGAUCUCAAUUAUUUUGUCAAUUCAGAGGACAAUACUCAAAGUAGAAUUUUUGGUAUUGUAAAUACAUAGCAAAUCAUAUAAAAUAUCAUUUUAUUGAAAAUUUGUAAGAACCAUACAAUUUUUGACAAACUCUGUGAAAGAGAGUUGUGUGUCCUUGAAUUUAUCCCAUUUGGCCAAACUCUGUAAAAGAGAGUUGUUUGCCUGAGCCUGUACAAUUUAGGCAAUCUUGUGAAGGAGCGUAUGCCUAUAACUUUGUAACUCCAUAACUCUCCAACUCGUUUCAAUUGGAUUCGAAUUGGACUUAUUUAUAAGCUUUUAAAGAAGCUGAACAGCCACCACAUUUAUGUCUACAUCGAAAAUCAAAAGACAAUCCAGUAUUAAAAGGUUAUUACAUUUAUAUGAAAACAAAAAUUAAUUAAAUAUUAAAAUAUUUAAUUCUCUACUUAUUUCUGAUCGUGACCUGUCUCAGCUUUGGAUUCAACUCUUGUGGUUUUAUGGCUACAGUGUACACGACAUUGGCACGUAGAGAAACGAUUCUGGCUUGGGUGAUUUUGGGAAAUCUUCUAUUAAUUACUCUCUGCGGCACUGUAGCAUUUAUCCAUCAAUCGGCAAUGUUUGCAGUGGGGCGAGCUAGAUUCCAUCGCUUGUGCGGUGUACCUCCCGGACUUGAUGAUAUUGUUGAAGCUUUAUGGGAGAAAGCAGAACAUUGCGGGAUUCUCAGCAUUAUCCGUAAACUUGAUGACGCUUCCCAUGAUGCAAUAGAAGGGGACGUUGAUAUUGCAAACCAAGGGAACGUUGAUGAAGCUUCCCAUAAUGCAAUCGUUCCAAUAAGUUAGUCGAUGAGAAUUCUGGCGAAGAGGAACAGCAACUGCAAUGUUCCCCAACCUGUUAACCUGUCUCUCUAAAACCUUCUCUCUUUUCUCUCUCCAUUACAUUGUGACUAUAAAAAUUAUUAUGUCCGCCCACCGUAAUCCUUUGUAGUGUGAUGAUAAUUUCUGGGUAUGUAACCCUAAUAAAUCUUUGUUAUCCAUAAUGUAAGGAUGUUUAAAUAUUAAAAUCAGCAUUAUCAGUGUUUUUUAA